CUUUCCUUCUCUUCUUUAUCUUUCUCCUCACUCACCUCCCCACUCUUUCUGUGAUUUAUAUACUCUUUUCCACAAUUAUACGAAAGCCAUGUCGGUCCUUGCUAGAAGUCCUGCUCGCCUGUUUGGUGCCGCCCCCCUCAGGAACGCCUACCGCUUCCAUGCUCAGCAACCCGCGUCGCCGGCGCAACUGAGAGUUUUCUCGUCCAACAAGAGCCACUCUUCCUCGUCUGACCCCAGUCAGACACAAGCAUCUGCCCAAUCUGUCCAAACCAGCACCGAUUCGGACAGGGACUCCUCAUCUUCCGGCAAACCGCUGGGGAAGGUCAGCGGCAUCGUCAACAGUAUUCUUCAUGGGUCAGGGUCGCUCCCGAAAGUCCAGAGCCAGGAGUCUUGGGGGGCUUCCUUGUCUCGUGGUAAAUACGUCCAUGAGCUGCAGAAGCAUCGCAUUCGACCUGAGCGCUUCGAUGACUAUGUUCAAUUGGUAUCCGAGGUCUUCCCUAGACUGGUCAAAGAAUCCAACAACAAGUUGCGUUUGACUGGAAGCUGGUUAACGGAAAUCGGCGAGCUAGACACUGCGGUCCAUAUCUGGGAGUUCGAUGGCGGCUAUCUGGGCCACACUCAAGAAAUGAACCGAUUGCGAAAGGACCCGGGCUAUCAAAAGUUCUUGAAAGAUUUGCGACCCAUGUUGCUCAGUCGCGACAACCAGAUUUGUCUCGAGUUUGCGUUCUGGAAAUCCAGGCCACCAGUCGAUCUCGGAGGAAUCUAUGAGAUGAGAACGUAUCUCCUGAAGCCUGGCAAUUUGCUUGAAUGGGAGACAAACUGGCGCCGAGGACUCGAGUGUCGACGCCAGUUUUGCGAACCUGUCGGUGCUUGGUUCUCCCAGCUCGGAAAGCUGAACUAUGUCCACCACAUGUGGAACUAUCCUGAUCUCGAGACACGCAAGAAGACGCGAGAGCAGGCCUGGAAGGUCGAUGGCUGGGCCGAGACUGUGUAUAACACUGUUCGUUUGAUCGACAGCAUGGAGGCCAACAUCUUGUUGCCUAUGGACUUUUCUUCUCUGAAAUAAACGGCAGCGAGUAGAAAACAUAGCUGCGGCUGUUGCAACUAUUAUUGAGCCAAAAAAAAA